GCCCCGGUCGCAGUCGCGUCAAAGUAUCGGAGAAUUUUCCCCUAAAUUACGUCACGGGAUGAAAACAUACACCGCGAAUCACGCGCAAAUUAUGAACUGAACCGCACACUGCAAUAACUUUUGUAAUUAUUAUUAUCGCUUACAAAAAACUGAAUAAACUACAAGUGAACCGUGUUGGACUGUUUGAAAACAUGUUGUGGGAGUCUACUUUUCUCGAGGAGCCAGAUACGAUGCCACAAACAGUGCCCCGUUCUGGGUGCAGCCCACCAUCAGCAUCCCAGGGCGAGAGGGCGGUCCCAGCUUCGCCUGUGGACCUUCACCACCUCCUUCGCUUCCUAGGAGCAGCGUCGCCACCAGAACCGAUGCUUCACUCCCCACCAAACCCACACGCGAAACCACCACCGCCUUAUCCAGAAGACAACAACAUCCUAGAACGCCUUUACGACUUCGAAGGAUACCCCACACCUUCCCCUUCCUCAGACGAAGGCUCAAUUCCCACAGUGGCUUUACAACCAGCCUCACCCUACUCACAUCAAUUCAACUCCCCUCCAGUCUACAUCAAAGAGGAACCAAACAGACUAGCGGUUCCCGGCUUUGCCUCUCCUUACCCCCUAUCCCCGUCAGGCUCAUGCGCCUCAUACGGCAGCCACAAUCAAUACUCCUCCCCCGUACCACAACACGAAGAGUACAUUGACAUUGAAGAACUACUCAAAGAGAACCAAAUAUUACAAGAGAGCGUUCAGCAAAAUUAUCUUACACCCAAAAUAGAAGUGGAAGAACCACGGGAUCACAUUCUCCUCAGAUCUGCCCUCGAAGACACUACAUUCCAGAAGCGGUUUAACUUAAAACCUAUCCCCUUAGAAUUAGGGACUGUCAAAAUGGAAGAAAGCAGCGGAGGCGAUGAACCUUUAGUAGCGCCAGACAUUGACCGCGUCCUUUCAAUGGCCAUCGAGCAGUCAAAACGAGACAUGGACAAUACCUGCACAGUGCUAGGAAUCUCACCAGAUCCUAUGCUAUGGAGUACUGCUGACGUAAAAGCGUGGGUCAUGUUCACAUUGCAACACUUCAACCUGCCGAUGGUACCUACAGAAUAUUUCGCUAUGGACGGAGCUGCCCUAGUUGCUUUAACAGAAGAGGAUUUCAAUCAGAGAGCACCACAAGCUGGAAGCACACUGUACGCACAACUGGAAAUUUGGAAGGCUGCCCGACAUGAAGCUUGGAGGCCUACACAGUGGUCUGAACAUCAACAGCCCUCCCCGAACCCCACACCUGCCGGUCUACCCUCAGCUGACGACAUGAGUGAUGACGAAGACUCAGAACCGGCCGGGACAAGUGCGGGCACUGGAGGAGGCAAGGCAAAGUCAGGCAGCACACACAUACACCUCUGGCAAUUCCUCAAGGAGCUACUGGCAUCACCCCACAUCCAUGGCUCAGCGAUACGAUGGCUCGACAGAAGUAACGGAGUCUUCAAGAUUGAGGAUUCAGUGCGUGUCGCCAGGCUGUGGGGCAAGAGGAAGAACAGGCCAGCGAUGAACUACGACAAACUGUCCAGGAGCAUCAGGCAAUACUACAAGAAGGGCAUCAUGAAGAAAACUGAGCGCAGUCAGAGGCUGGUGUACCAGUUCUGUCACCCGUACUGCUUAUAAUCGCCUGCAAUACUUUAGUUUGUAAGAAAUGUAAAUUAUUGUAAAUAUGUACGUGAGCCGCGGUAAUGCGGUCAAAACGAUGGCUACUUGAGUUUUGCGGCGCACACGCAAAACUCAACGCAGCGCAAACUCGUUGACAGCUGAACGUUUCGGUCUAACGUCCUUCGCAGAGACCCGGACUAUUAGGCGUCGUACUUACCCUCCAUAAAAUUCGGGAAAGGUAAUUUUCUCCAGAAUUCUAUUGGACGGGACUCGUUUUAAUUAGUUCUUAAGUUUUUUUUUUACCGGCGACUAAGCGAUAACGAUGCACCUCACGGUAUAAACUCUAAACAGAGUCAUCGUUCUCGCCGAAAGCUGGUAAUGUUUAUCCCAUAUAACUAUGUUAUAUUAAAUCGUACGUUCUAUGAACUUUUAGGAUAAGUGUUCUGUAAAUACACGAUAAAAGAUUUAUGAAAAUAAAUAAAAAAACAAGUCACGCCUUGUUUAUAUACAGUGAUGUUAAAAGAGAUUAUUUUCUCAGAUAUUUCUAGAUAUAGAUUAUUAUAGAUUUAUGUAAAUCUAAAAGUAUACUUUAUAAAAGUGUUUUUGUGCUAAAACGGUGACGAGUUACGUCACACAGAAAAUGUAAGUUAAGUAUGAAAUAUUUUAUUUCGCAGAGGCGGUCGCGAUUGGUAAAGAUUAUUUUGGAUUUGAUUCAAAUUAGAAUUUUGUGCCAAAUAGACAAUAUUCAACUUUAUUGGGGACAAAAUUUGGAAAAUUGUGAUUGUGUGUACCCGCCGACUGUACAUUGUAUCGUGUAAAGGUGAUGGGGUAUAACUAAGUUACAACAGAAUUAAUGUUAUUGUACUUAAGCAACGCAGUUAGCGUUAGUUUUAUAAUAACACUAUUACAGGACCAAACUAAUUUAGAUUUUAUAAAUCAUUGUAAUGUAAUUUAAAAUUAAAUAAAUAAAUGGCCAUUUAUUAAAA